CGACUCCGCAAAACGCACCGGUUUUAUGAUUAACUAGCAGCAAACCCCAUUCUUUCAGGUGGCUUUCACUGCUCGCGAACUGGAAGAUCCUAACAUCAAUCACCAAUGGCUGCCAUUUUGGCUCGCAAGUCUCUCUCUGCUCUUCGCUCUCGGCAGCUCGCUUUGGCAGGACAAGUAUUGCAGCAUCAUAACAAUUAUGGGAUUGUGUUUGGUACACGCUCAUUUGCCACUAAACAGUCAUUUUCCACCGAUAAAGAUGAUUUAGAAAGGGAGAAACUCGCCAAGGAGAUCUCCAAGGAUUGGAAUUCUGUGUUUGAGCAAAGCAUAAAUACAUUAUUUCUCACUGAAAUGGUUCGUGGUCUGAUGUUGACACUCAAGUACUUCUUCGACAAGAAAGUUACUAUAAAUUAUCCAUUUGAGAAAGGUCCUUUGAGCCCUCGUUUUCGUGGAGAACAUGCCCUCCGACGCUAUCCAACUGGAGAGGAACGGUGCAUUGCCUGUAAAUUGUGUGAAGCUAUUUGUCCAGCUCAAGCAAUCACAAUUGAGGCCGAGGAACGAGAAGAUGGAAGCCGUAGAACCACUAGGUACGAUAUUGACAUGACAAAGUGCAUCUACUGUGGAUUCUGCCAAGAGGCGUGCCCUGUUGAUGCCAUCGUUGAGGGGCCCAACUUCGAAUUUGCGACAGAGACUCAUGAGGAGCUUUUGUACGAUAAAGAGAAGCUACUUGAGAAUGGAGACCGAUGGGAAACCGAGAUAGCGGAGAAUCUCAGAUCGGAAAGUCUCUAUCGUUGAUGCUCUGAUGAAGUGAUGAUUACUUCUCUGUUCCCUGCCUACCUUGUAGUUGAAUUUUCCCGAGUUCUAAAACUGAUAAAUAAGCAGAUCUGUUGGUGGGUCUUGAUUAUUUUUGGGAUAUAAUGCAGUUGAUUGACUAUUUAACUUUUCUUGUUAAAUUAGUGUACCCUACAUUCUGAAGGAUUAAUCAACCUUGGUAAUGCAAGGUAAGUUUUUGUUUUGUAAAAUUGAUACCAAUUGCAAUUCA